AGUCCGAACCCACCUCCAGCGGCAAUGAGGCCGACCGGUGUUUGCCCUUCCCGCUUUAAGCGAUGCAGUGCAUCUUUGCUUGACCUUCAUCAUCAACAUCCUCUCCACAAGCACAAGACUAGACCUGGAUACAAGCUUGUUGCAGUAUGGAACACACAGCGCUGGCAGAUCUCGAGAGUGCGGGUCUGCACAAACCAAAUGGCGACUUGCGAGCUCGCAAUCCUCGCAUGGCCGUGCCGCAGCAUCAGUAUGAAAGCUGGGCGCCCAAGUUUCGAGCCAUUCAGUCGCAAGGACCGUCCAAGGAAGAUAAGGAGAAGAAUAAGAGCGAAGACUUGACUUUUGUCUCAAAGGCGAGACGAUAUCUGCGCGAACCACUCGCGGAGUUUGUCGGCACAAUGAUCUUGAUCUUAUUUGGUGAUGGCUCUGUUGCACAAGUGACUCUGUCCAACAAUGAAUUCGGCUCGUACCAGUCGAUCUCAUGGUGUUGGGGCAUCGGAGUCAUGCUUGGCGUAUAUCACGCAGGUGGUAUCUCUGGAGGCCUUUUGAACGCUGUCCUCUGUCUAACUUUAGUGAACCCUGCCGUCACGUUGGCGAACUGCUUGUUUAGACGCUUUCCUUGGAAGAAGCUUAUUCCCUACAGUAUUGCUCAAAUUCUCGGAGCCAUGGUCGGUGCAGCCAUUGUCUAUGCAAAUUAUCAAAGUGCAAUUGACCAAUUUGAAGGUGGAGUCGGUGUCCGGACAACCAAGACCUCGGGCAUCUUUGCAACGUAUGCACUGGAUGCACUGACGCCUGUUGGACAGUUCUUUUCGGAGGUCGUGGCUACCGCCAUUCUAAUCAUGACCUUGUUUGCAAUCGGUGACGAACAAAACAAUCCUGCGGGUGACUUUGGUCCGCUCAUCAUCUUUUUCCUUAUCUUUGGCCUCGGGGCGGCCUUUGGUUACGAGACUGGCUAUGCUCUCAAUCUCGCUAGAGACUUUGGGCCGAGACUCGUCUCUUACAUGCUUGGCUACGGCAAGGUUGUCUGGACAGCAAACGGGAACUACAGUAUCAUUCCAUGCACAGCGCCCUUUGUCGGAGCUAUCAUUGGUGGUCUCGUCUAUGAUACACUCAUCUUCACGGGAGACUCGCCCCUGAACCGACGCCAUUUUGGAAUUGACGAGUGGCGCUGGCGUCAUGGUGUCAAUACGAUUGUCGAAGAUGUCGUGGAUGCGCUGCCAGAUGCUAUGGUGCCUGGCAACCGCGAUGACAGCUCUUCAAGUUCCACUGCCGAAGGAAGUCGCGAGCGUCAAUCCACGCUACAGGGCUCUAAGGACAAGCACAGUGAGAAGAGAGUUGACUUUGCAGGAGGGCACCUGGACACGCACGAACAGCUUGCGGAUGCAUCUCAACAAAACAUGCCCAUCGGUGGACCGCCUCAUCUUGAUGCUACUGGACGGACUCACAGCAUCUAAACCUUAAAUGGAUCAAUGUUGACGUAUGCGCUUGAUGAUCGGCCAGUACAGCCCCGGCUCUCAUUUGCAUCGAUGGAACUUACAAAGAGGCCGUCGCGAAUCUUGGUGAGGGAUGUGGAGCCCACCU